AUGGCAAUGUUCCAUGUCCAGCCGAGUGCAAAGCUGUACAUCCAGCCAAGAGCAAUGCUGCACACCCAGACAAUAGCAAUGCUCCACAUUCAGCCAAGCGCAAUGCCGCACACCCAGUCAAGAGCAAUGCUGCAAACCCAGCCAAGAGCAAUGCUGUACACCCAGACACCAGCAAUGCUGCACACCGACAAUAUCAAUGCUCCACAUUCAGCCAAGCGCAAUGUUACACACCCAGACAAGAGCAAUGCUCCACAUCCAGCCAAGAGCAAUGCUGCACACCCAGUCAAGCAGUGCUCCACACCCAGCCAAGAACAAUGCUGCACACCCAACCAGGAGCAUGAUGCAUACCCAAACCCAACCACAAGCAGUAUCCCAAACCCAGCCAAGACUAAUGCUCCACAUCCAGCCACCAGCAGUAUCCCAAACCCAGCCAAGGCUAAUGCUCCACAUCCAGCCACCAGCAGUAUCCCAAACCCAGCCAAGACUAAUGCUCCACAUCCAGCCACCAGCAGUAUCCCAAACCCAGCCAAGGCUAAUGCUCCACAUCCAGCCACCAGCAGUAUCCCAAACCCACCCAAGACUAAUGCUCCUCAUCCAGCCACCAGCAGUAUCCCAAACCCAGCCAAGGCUAAUGCUCCACAUCCAGCCACCAGCAGUAUCCCAAACCUAGCCAAGACUAAUGCUCCACAUCCAGCCACCAGCAGUAUCCCAAACCCAGCCAAGGCUAAUGCUCCACAUCCAGCCACCAGCAGCAUCCCAAAUUCAGCCAGGACUAAUGCUCCACAUCCAGCCACCAGCACCACCAGCAGUAUCCCCAACCCAGCCAAGGCUAAUGCUCCACAUCCAGCCACCAGCAGUAUCCCAAACCCAGCCAAGACUAAUGCUCCACAUCCAGCCACCAGCAGUAUCCCAAACCUAGCCAAGGCUAAUGCUCCACAUCCAGCCACCAGCAGUAUCCCACACCCACCCAAGACUAAUGCUCCUCAUCCAGCCACCAGCAGUAUCCCAAACCCAGCCAAGGCUAAUGCUCCACAUCCAGCCACCAGCAGUAUCCCAAACCUAGCCAAGACUAAUGCUCCACAUCCAGCCACCAGCAGUAUCCCAAACCCAGCCAAGGCUAAUGCUCCACAUCCAGCCACCAGCAGUAUCCCAAACCCAGCCAAGGCUAAUGCUCCACAUCCAGCCACCAGCAGCAUCCCAAAUUCAGCCAAGACUAAUGCUCCACAUCCAGCCACCAGCAGUAUCCCAAACCAACCAAGAUUAAUGAUCCACAUCCAGCCAUGA